GCUCUCAAGGAACCGGUUUAAUAACAAGCAGCUCUACCUCAUCCGGUCAGCCAAGCGAAGGGCGUCGCGUCUCUCUCGUCCGCGGACUCGCCGCUCGCUCUGCGCCAUGGAUCAAACACGGGCAUUCGUCAAGGAUGUCAAGAGGCUCAUCAUCAAGGUGGGAACUGCAGUUGUAACGAGAGCAGAUGGAAGAUUGGCUCUUGGAAGACUAGGGGCUCUUUGUGAGCAGGUUAAAGAACUCAAUUUACUUGGAUUUGAAGUAAUCCUUGUCACGUCCGGUGCAGUUGGUGCUGGCCGUCAGAGGCUUCGAUACAGGAAGCUAGUCAAUAGCAGCUUUGCUGAUCUCCAGAAACCACAGUUAGAAUUAGAUGGGAAAGCCUGUGCUGCUGUUGGUCAAAGCGGUUUAAUGGCCUUAUAUGAUGUGUUAUUUAGUCAGCUGGAUGUGACAUCAUCUCAGCUUCUUGUUACGGAUAAUGAUUUUAAGGAUUCAGAUUUCAGGAUGCAACUCUGUCAGACAGUAAACACUUUGUUGUCUUUGAAAGUUAUUCCUGUUUUCAAUGAAAAUGAUGCAAUGAGUACAAGGAGAGCUCCAUAUGAGGAUUCUUCUGGUAUUUUUUGGGACAAUGACAGUUUAGCAGCCCUUCUAGCUCUGGAAUUAAAAGCUGAUCUUCUUAUUCUGUUAAGUGAUGUUGAAGGCCUAUAUAGUGGACCACCUAGUGAACCAAAUUCAAGGUUAAUACACACUUAUGUGAAAGAGAAGCAUCAUGCUGAGAUAACUUUUGGAGACAAGUCCAGGGUAGGAAGAGGAGGCAUGACUGCUAAAGUGAAGGCUGCUGUUUAUGCUGCUUGUGCUGGCACCCCUGUCGUGAUUACUAGUGGUUUCACCACUGAUAGCAUUCUAAAAGUACUUCAAGGUGAGAAAGUGGGUACCCUUUUUCAUCAGGAUGCAAUUAAUUGGGAGCGGCCAAGAGAAGAUAGUGCUCGUGACAUGGCAGUUUCAGCAAGGGAAUGUUCUAGGCGAUUACAGAGUUUAUCAUCCGAUGCCCGCAAGAAAAUUCUGAUGGAUAUUGCUGAUGCUCUAGAGGCAAAUGAGAAGUUAAUUAGAGUAGAAAAUGAGGCUGAUGUUGUUGCUGCUCAACAAGAUGGUUACGAGAAAUCAUUGAUCUCUAGGUUGAUGCUGAAGCCAGGCAAGAUAUCUAGCCUUGCCAAUUCAGUUCGGGCACUUGCAGAUAUGGAGGAUCCAAUAUUCUGUGUUUUGAAGAGAACUGAGGUUGCAGAUGGUCUAAUCUUAGAAAAGACAUCUUGCCCCUUGGGUGUUCUUCUCAUCGUUUUUGAGUCAAGGCCUGAUGCUUUAGUUCAGAUUGCAUCAUUAGCUAUCCGAAGUGGUAAUGGCCUUCUUCUCAAAGGUGGCAAAGAAGCCAUGAAAUCUAAUGCAAUCUUGCAUAAGGUCAUUACAGAAGCAAUCCCAGAUGUAGUGGGUGAAAAGCUUAUUGGUCUUAUUACAUCAAGAGAAGAGAUUCCUGAUCUGCUAAAGCUUGAUGAUGUCAUUGAUCUUGUGAUUCCAAGAGGGAGCAAUAAAUUGGUUACUCAAAUCAAGGAAUCCACCAAGAUUCCUGUUCUGGGUCAUUCAGACGGUAUUUGUCAUGUUUAUCUGGACAAGUCUGCUGACAUGCAAAUGGCUACUCGGAUUGUGUUGGACGCCAAAAUUGACUAUCCAGCUGCUUGUAAUGCUAUGGAGACACUUCUUGUUCAUGAAGAUCUUUUGGAUAAUGAGGGGCUUAAUAAUUUACUGAUAGAGCUCAAAAAUGAAGGUGUUACUUUAUUUGGUGGUCCUAGGGCAAGUAAACAGUUUGGUUUUCCAGAAGCACCAUCAUUUCAUCACGAAUACAACUCGACAGCUUGUACUGUUGAAAUAAUCGAUAGUGUUCAUGCUGCAAUUGACCAUAUACACCGAUAUGGAAGUGCACAUACUGAUUGCAUAAUUGCCGAGGACAAUGCAACGGCAGAGAUUUUCCUUAGUCAAGUUGACAGCGCUGCAGUAUUUCACAAUGCAAGCACACGCUUUUGUGAUGGAGCUCGUUUUGGACUUGGAGCAGAGGUUGGUAUAAGUACAAGUCGGAUUCAUGCUCGUGGACCUGUUGGAGUUGAAGGAUUGCUCACUACUAGAUGGAUUUUGAGAGGUAAUGGACAUGUGGUCGAUGGUGAUAAGGGAUUAGUUUACACACACCUGCAUCUUCCACUGGCAAGCGAGCAACGAAGUGGUUAAUCUUUUGGCUUUUCUAGUAUUCCAAGAGUGGAUCUCCAAUAUUUCCAAGAGUUUUCGUUUCUUGCAGCCUAGAACUCUCCUCAAGUAGUUUAGAUUUUUCCUUGAGUAGUUUAGUUGACGGUUCAUCAAAUUGAGGUCACAUCUACACUGUUAUAAUAAUUGUUAUAUUUAUUUAUUUAUUUUUGAUAAAUUGCAAGCUUGGCUAGAAAUUUCAAAUUUGUUUUUCUUGAUC